AUGGGUCUACCACUGUUCAUUGCCCCUGUCGAGUCGGACAUCCCGUCCAAACCGGCCGCGAAGAGCUCUGCCGACCCGGUCCAUGCACGAUCCCCAAUCCGCCGUCGUUCUGACCCGCGCCGUCAGCCCAGCGGAAUCGAACGACACCGGCAACGCUUGCUUGCCGCUCUGCAGAAUCAAGAUGGCCUCCCUGCACCUCUUGCCGCUGCGAGAGCCGAUGCAGUUGCAGCUCAAGCUCAUCAGGAACGACGUAGUCCUCUCGACGACUCGGAGGCAUUGAGUGAUCUUCUUUUUGUUGCUCGUGGGCAUGAGAGCGAGCGAGAGCCCGAACGUGUACGGCCGAGACGCGCCCACAACCUAUAUGAACCAGAAUCCGACGAGCUCAUACCUUGGACAUAUCGAGCAGCCGAUAUGGUUCCACCUCUUGCUGUGCCACUGGCAAAUCCAGCUCGAUCAUCAAGGGCUGCAACCUCUGCCUUUGCUCGCUUGGACCCACCCGGCUACUCCUCUGUCCGAGUAGCUGCACGACCAUCCUUACACCGCGAACAGGAUGACCAGCGCCGCCGGAUGAUGACACAACUUGAGACUGAGCGCAUGCGUCGCAGGUCGCACCGCCACAUUCAACGGAAUGGCCAGCGCGUCCGUUAUGUUGACGGGCUAGGAGACCGAGAUCGUAGCCUUAGCCCUGAGGGUGAUGGUGUGUGGGAUACACUCCAGUCGACUCUGACCCCCGACCCUCAACCACCCAGCGUCGGUUCCUCUUUCGCAUCGGCAAAUGCUUCUACAGCAGCGUCUCAAAGCAACAUGGCCAACUCAUCCAACACUUCUAUAACAAGCCCAGAGGAUAUGGAGCCACCUUGCGAUCCUGUCGACACGCAGGGAGAUGAUAACGGCGAAGCAGAUGACAUCGAGGGACGGCAUGCUGGAUCCUCCCUGCGACCCACACCUCGUGAGCGACGGUCCUACGCUAACGUCGCAGCUGAGUUGGACUCGUGGCAGUCGGCCGAGGAUUCCGAAAACCCAGAAGCGGAUAGAGAGUGGUUAUCCGGCAUGCACCGGAUUGUGAGCGGACUGGCCACCCGAGAGGACAUCCCAGAUGAGUGGUGGGCGCAAGCUGGUCUUAGUCGCUCGAUGUCGUGGGAGGAGUCCAAUUAG